GGUGUUAGAAUUGAGUUGAAGAUUACAGUUAGUUGUCAUGGACACGUAGAAAAGUACUGCGAUGGGCGCAAGUUCGUCUACGUCGCGCACAAACUGUAGUUUAAAUGUUACGCCGCCGGUGUUAUACUCAGUAAAAUCGGCCAGCCAAUAUUGUUCUUCCUAAGAGGUUUUGCUUUUUCGGGCUGGACGUUUGCCGUAGUAGGAUUAUGUCAACCGCUGUGUCUACAAGGUUACAACGGUUAGCGUCGCGCAUAAGCCGUCGUAAGAUGAUUUCGGAGAUGGAUGAUCUUCUGCAAACGCGGUUAAAGAGAUCCCUCUCGACGUUCGACAUAACGCUAUUGGGCAUCGGCCACAUGAUCGGCUCUGGCAUUUACGUGAUCAGCCCAGAAGCAGCAAGAAAAGCCGGCCCAGCAUGCGUAAUUUCUUACGUCAUAGCAGGUAUAGCCUCGAUGCUAGCGGCCUUGGCUUACGCCGAGUUCGCCGUACGUUUUCCACGAGCGGGUUCGUCUUAUUCGUACGUCUACUUCAGUGUUGGAGAGUUCGUGGCGUUUAUUGUUGGCUGGAACGUCCUACUAGAAAACACCUUAGCCCUUUCCAUCGUCGCACAGACCUGUGGGGCAUACAUCGAUUCUAUAACAAAUUAUGUUGUUUCAAACUUUGUUCGCGAGAACGUCGGCCGACUGGUUGCAAUGCCUGCUCACUCAGUUAACACCAGCAGGUCGGGUAUAACGGGGUUGGUAACCUACCUAAACACGGAGCACCAGUUCCUUGUUUUGGUCCUAAUGGCAGUGUUUGUAGUGAUUGUCCUUCUGAAGGCAUCCAGAACUUUGUUGGUGGGAAAUGUGCUUUGUGGUCUCAGUAUUUGUUUAUUAAUCAUCAUUAUUGGAAUCGGAAUAUUCAAAGGAAACUUCUAUAAUUGGACUAACUCGAAUACGGGAGGAUUUCUUGCACGUGGGUGGCAGGGUGUCUUCAAAGCAGCAUCGAUAUGCUUCUUUUCAUACGGUGGAUUUGACGCGAUUUCUGCAGCUGCUGAAGAGGCAAAAGACCCUAGGCGGUCGAUGCCGAUAGCAACAAUAAUUGCAAUGUUGAUAGUUACUAUGUUGUACACAGCUGUAGCUGGCUGCCUUACGUUGCUUCGCAAUUGGACCCAAAUUAGGAUGACAGAUGGUUUCCCAGAAGCAAUGAAUUACAAUGGGAUAUACUGGGCACAGUAUAUCAUAACAGCUGGCGCAUUAUGCGGAAUGACGGCUGUAGCGGUGGUGACUUUGUACACGGUCGUUCGUAUUUCCUUUUCCAUGGCUGAAGAUGGACUGAUAUGCCCCCUCUUCGCGAAGAUCUCCAAACGAAGUCAGGUGCCCCAAUACUCUACGUUAAUGUUUGCGGGAUUUUCAGCAUUAGUUGCCAUGUUUUUCAACACUGACACAACCGUGGACAUGCUCUCUAUUGGAACGCUCACGGCCUACAUGAUGGUCACAUGCGGGCUCAUAAGUAACCGCUUCACGGGAACGAGUAACCUCAGCGCGCUGCGACUGCGUUACUUCCGCCGUUUCGAGUCACACCUAUCGAUCAUCUUCAAUCAGCGAACCUACAUCUUCAGCAACCUCAUCAUAAUCAUACUGACGAGCUUCGGGAUGUCUUUCUUUAUUCAGGGCUUAUGGACAGACUCAACCUACGGAAGUCCUAUUUUAUUGAGCCUCUUGCUCGUAACCUCAACAAUCCUGUUAGCUGUCCUUCAGGAGGUGCCCGACCCGUACCAAAGUUAUAAGAUGCCGUUAAUGCCCUGGUUGGCUGUCGUAUCGCUUGUUUUCGACUCGGUUUUGAUAAGCACGCUACCAAGUGUGACCUGGAUUCGUUUCCUUGUCUGGCUGACCAUUGGAACAAUCCUGUAUGCGACGUACGGCCUGCGGCAUAGUAAACUCGAAAUGAAUAAGGACUAUCCGAUCUCUGCGAAUGAAACGUCGUAGUUGACAUUCAAUAGGUCUAUGAGUCGACUCGAUUUUUCAUGUAAUCAUAUCUAAUCAGAAGAUUCCUAGAAAAUAAAUACAGUAAUUUUUACCUAGGAACGUACCUAGGUGUCGUCUUGAACUAUGGAAAUAGCUAACAAUUCUCCCAUGGGAUUCUGGAACGAUACAUAUCGACGAAACAAAAUAGGAAUCGACGAGCCAACACGAGUACCGAUCGAGCAAAUGUCUGAUAAAUAAUGAACUAGCCUUUGUAGAAAUUAUCAGAUAGCAGCAUAUUUUAGGCUCGCCUGUGGAAGCAUGACUACGCAUACUGGGAUGGAUACAUUGAUUAAUAUGUGUUUGCGUAGAUAACAACAUUCAUCAGAAUAUAGUUGGGCUUAAAGCUAUCCCGCUGUUCGAGCACGACGCCAGGCUGGAGUUCACACAUGAGCUUUGCUUGCAAAUUGUAUAAGCCGAGUCUACUGUAUAAACCCAUAUACAAAUAUAAAAUUUUCUAGAUUGUUUUAUUGUUAUCGGCCAUCGUUUAGUUGAGUAAGCGAAAAGGCGCGAGCGUCGGAAA